GCAUUGUGAAUGAUCCCGAAGUCACGGGUUGCUCGUUCCCGCUCAUUUUCGAUUUGGUUGCCCACUUUUGGUAGGGAUAGUUGUAGGAUCGUGAUCCUAUUAUAAAAGUCACACCUAGCCACCGAGUAAGGCAUCAGUUGUGUGGCGUACGUCUUCAUCUAAUCCUCCAACCAUCAUGGCAGUCAUUCGCUCGCUCUCCGUGGUGCUGCUGCUGGUAGCUAUGCUGUGCUCCAGCACGGAAGCAGGACAUGCGGCGUCCUAUCUGGCGGCCCCAGUGGCAACCCCACUCGCUUACUCCGUAGCGGCACCGAUUGUCCCUGCUCAGGGUGUCCUGAGGACGGCCUACAGUCAGGUUGUUGGACGUAGCUAUGCGCCAUCCUUUGUGCCGGUUUCGACCUCACUCGCCUAUGCUGCCGCUCCAGUGGCUGCUCCAGUGGUGAAAGCCGUCCCCACGGUUUAUGCGGCUGCUCCGGUGGCUGCCCCAAUAGUGAAAGCCGUCCCCACAGUAUAUGCCGCACCGGUGGCUGCUCCCAUCGUCAAAGCUGCCGUCCCGACGGCAUACGCUGCCGCACCCGUAGCUGCUCCCAUCGUCAAAGCUGCCGUCCCGACGGUUUAUGCUGCCGCUCCGCAGCUUGUCGCCGGUCCGGUCCUAAAAACGGUGCGUCCCUAUGCCGUUGAGACACCCGUAGCUUACGCCGCUCCAACCUUUGCUGCCCCGGCCGUACGUGCUGCCGUUCCUGCUCCUGUCUUUGCUCCAUCGGUCCUCUCCACCCGUCUAGCGCCGGCAGUUCCAGCGGUCGGUGUUGCUCCCGAACUCGCGCCAGCUGUUGGUGCACCUGCUCCGGCCAACUCCCUGCCCGGGGUUUUCGAUGCACGCGCCGCUGCCCCAGCGUCCCGUGCCGCGGCCGACAACUUUCAGCGAGCUUUCGUAACUGCGUUCGGAUCGACGGAAGGCAUUCGGCUGCUGGGUGUCGCCGGUGGUCAAGCGUUUGAAGGUGCGCCCACGAACGUUGAGAUUGCACGUGCUGCACCCGGUGGACAGGAGGGUGGCGCUCAGCAGGGUCGAUCGUCGUCUCCCGGCACGGUGCCAGCUGGACGGGCCGCGUCACCAAAUGGACCGGAAAACUUUGGCGUACAGCAACCGCAGCAGCAGCAGCAGCAGCCGACACCUUUUAACGAGUACGGGCUGCCGGUAGCAGCUGGUACACCUAUUAACCCGUAAAAACCAGACGGACGGAUGAGGGGUCGGAUUAGUAGCAAAAUGGAUACCUGAAAUACCUGAGAUUGUUAUAGAAUAAACAAACAUAAUCAAACAUUA